GAGCAUAAAUAAAGUAGGUAUAGCCAGCCAGCCAGCCAUCUAGCCAUCCAUCCCGAACCUUGACUCUUUACCGGUACGUGUGAAGGAACGUGUGCAAAGCGUGUGUGCAUACUUGCGCUUCGAAAAAGUCAAAAGGCACAAAAUCACAACAAUUUACCCAUCCACAAGGAAAAAAGAGGAAAAAAAAAGAGAGACCAUUAUCAGAUAUCGGAGACAAGAAACGAACCGUUUAAUAUUUCGCUUGCCAGGCGCAUCAGCCUUGGAGGAAAUCAAUAUCAAAAUCCCAUUCAACUUCAUGUAUCGCAUACAAUAGUCGCCAUGAGCCAAUAUCUGACGUCGCGGCAGGCCGAGGAGCUGCACAAGUCUAUGAUAGCAUACCUUACCUCGACGAAUCUUUUACAUAGUGCCGCGACGUUACGAGAGGAGCUUGACAUCGGUGAAAGCUUCGAUUCUGCCACGAGCAAGAAAUAUGAAGGUCUACUGGAGAAGAAAUGGACAAGUGUGGUGCGGUUACAAAAGAAGAUAAUGGAACUCGAAGCGAGAAACGCGGCUUUACAAAGUGAAAUCGAUAAUGCAACACCUACAUCUCUAUCAAAUCGAAAUACAGAUCCUACAGCUUGGUUACCAAAAUCACCAGCGAGGCACAAUCUUCAGUCGCACAGGGAAGCAAUUACUUGUGUUGCGUUCCAUCCAGUAUUUUCAUCGUUGGCAUCGGGCUCGGAGGACUGCACAAUCAAAAUUUGGGAUUGGGAGCUUGGAGAAUUGGAACUCACCGUCAAAGGACAUACAAGAGCCGUACUGGAUGUUGAUUUCGGUGGCCCGAGAGGAGGAACAUUACUGGCCUCGUGUUCUAGUGAUCUCACUAUCAAAUUAUGGGACCCAAGCGAUCAGUACAAAAAUAUUCGCACAUUACCGGGACACGACCAUUCUGUUUCAGCCGUACGAUUCAUACCUAGUGGCGCAGCUGGGUCACCUUCAUCAGGAAACCUUUUGGUAUCAGCAAGUCGAGACAAAACUUUACGCAUAUGGGAUGUUUCCACGGGAUAUUGUGUGAAAACUAUCCGAGGACAUGCGGACUGGGUUCGUGAUGUAGCACCUUCUUUCGACGGCCGAUGGCUUCUAUCUGCUGGGGUGGAUCAAACCGCAAGAAUAUGGGAUGCAUCAUCAGGAGAACCAAAGGCGACUUUAUUAGGUCAUGAAAAUACAAUCGAAUGUUGUGUAUUCGCUCCACCAGCAAGUUACCCUCAUCUGGCUGCCAUGGCAGGGUUAAAGAAACCACCUGCAGCGAGCAGUUCCGCUGAAUACGUCGCUACCGGAGCUCGAGACAAGAGUAUUCGAAUAUGGGAUGCUAGGGGUACGUUGAUCAAGACACUUAUUGGCCAUGAUAAUUGGAUUAGAGCUCUUGUCUUUCAUCCUGGUGGAAAAUAUUUGUUAAGUGUGGCAGAUGAUAGAACAUUAAGGUGUUGGGAUCUUGCGCAGGAAGGAAAAUGUGUGAAGACGAUAAGUGAUUCGCAUGGACAUUUCGUUAGUUGUAUGAGAUGGGCUCCAAGUGUCAUAAAGGAUGUUCCUAUUCUCAAUGGAGAAAAUGGAGUGGCACUUCCGACCAAGAAUGGGAAUGGGACAGCGAAGAAAGAGGAUGCAAAAGUAAGCAUCAGAUGUGUUAUUGCGACAGGAUGUGUAGACCAGGUUGUCCGAGUGUUUGCAUCAUGACCACAUGUAAAGCAUGUGCUAUCAAUAGGAAAAUCACCAAGAGAGAACUUUGAUAUCAGAGCAACAGGAGUUCGUGGAGUUCGCUCAUACCAGAAGAAUAAAUUCCUUGCUCCGGCUUGGCUAUUGGAGAAAUAUGUCACGAACUUUAUGCUUAGAAUGUGUAUAGGGGGAGUCGCAUUGACUAGCUUCUCUCAAUUACAAUUCAAUUUAAUAUGAAGAAUAACCGACUUCAGAACAGAGAAUCUACACUCUCAAUACAAUCAAUGGUAUUCCA